GUGGCCUCAUUGACAGUGAAGAACGCAAGAAUCCGGGUUUUUAGAACGUCCACCUAUGGCUACUACAAUCGCUCCUGUGGCGACAAUACAAUUGCCAGCCGCCUCACGCGUCCUCCGCACAUCAUGGUGCCCAGACAAAGAUUUGCUUGUCGUGACUACCCAUGUCUCACAUCAGGAAAAGAUGACGCUGUAUAAGAUGCAAGGUUCAAAGAAAUGGGAAGUCACAAUUCAGCCUCAGUUGCUCGGCAAAACAGAAGCCGAAGUUGUAGGCGUUGCCUGGAGCCCGGACGUCCAGAGUAUCGCAGUCGCGUCCAAUCCACCCAUGGUCUCGAUACACUCUAUUCAGGAUGGCAAGGAAAUACGCAGUUACCCCAUUGAAUUGCCUUACCACAAGAUAUUGGUAACUGGGGUUUGGUGGUUCCUAGAAGAGAAGAAGGUUGUUGGGAACGGACUCCCGGAUAUCUUCAAGCGAGGCGAGAACAUUACUGGGUCCGCCCACGCCAUACUCAAGGGUCUUCCGCUGCUAGAUCCAGUACAAGAUGACACAAGAUCUCUUGGGUCGAGUGAACUGUUCGCAUUCAAAGGCGUCCGCAGCAAGUCAGCUCAAACCACGCAUGUCACCCCAGGGAGCAUUGACAUCUGGCCACGCCUUCCCACCGACCUGGCUGCAGCCUCCAUAGCGGCGAACAGGCCCGAUGCCGAACAUACAUUUCCUGAAGCGGAGAACGAAGCUGAUGAUACCAAUGUCAACAGCAUCCUGGCCGUCGCCGACAAUCUAGGCUACGUCCACUUGUUCCUCGAAGGGAGUUACCCCCUGGGUGCCGUGUCCAUCCGGAGCAAGUUCUUCCCGAAGUCUCUCUACAAGCUCCGAGAUCACUUCUUCGCCCACAUUGGCCCUGCCGCUGCUGCUGCUGCUGACCCAUCUGUCACACUCUUCCCCGCCGUCGUACAGCUGCCGUAUCUCACGGGCAGGCAUAUGAGAGAUGUAGCAAGGGUGUCGUCAUCCGCUCGUGAGCUCCUGUCCUAUGCGAUGCGGGUGGUCCGAGACAUGCGGGUGGCUUGGUGGGGCCAGGACGGUUCUCCGGGGGCUCGCACUUUGGGUCCAAAAUGGCUGCGGUCUCUGGAAGACAGGCAGAAGAACGAGUUUGGCCAUGAGGUGGCCUACGCGCUGCUUGACCUGACGUGCUUGCUCACGACGGGCCGAUCAUCGGAGUCGUUGCUCGAUUACCUCGGAAGUGGGGAGCAUAUGAGUGAGAGGAGCAUGCAAAAAUGGGAGACGAUCAUGACGGACGCGUUAGUUCGGGUACGAGACCUCGCAGAGAAGCGGGUCGCUCCAGCCUGUCAGCGCCUAUACUUGCUGCUGCAGGAAGUUCAGGGUUGGGCCGCCUUGCCCCAAUAUGCCGUAUGCAAUCUCAAGAUGGCUGAGGUGGAGUCUUGCCUAGACCUCACCGCUGCUGUGAUAUUCAAUUCCAGCUCACUUGCCGCGGCCUCGCGGAAAGAACUUCUACGCUUCAAGGAGUUCAUGAAGUGGAUACGUUACGAGACGGCGCGAGCCAACGCAACUGGAGACCACCAUCACCACCGCCCCCAACACGACAUCCUUGAGGUUAACGAGUACCUGAUGUCUAGUCUUCGGGCUAGCCCGAUCGACAAGUGGUUCACUGGCCUCGCAGCGCCGAUCAAUCGUGAGAACAUAGGGGUGCCCAGCGAGAACUUGACCAUCGAAGCUGCGAUUGCCAAGGCUCAAGCGGCACUUGAUAGCUGGGAUCAAACCGUGCACGACGACGUCGCACCUCGCGACCUCUCGCAUAUCGAACGGAACUUGGAUAAGCUUCUGCUGACGCUAACGGAGCGCUGCAAGGCGAUCUUUGACGAAGCUGCACGAGCGGCCGCACGCUCUGCAGUGCGCGUGGCCGAGUGGGGGAUCGCUCCAACAGCGGCAGUCCCGGACACCCCGCAGUCAGCUGGGGGUGCCGCGGUCAUUCGGGAGCGGACUGUGCCAGACGAGACCAAGGCAAGCGACUACGAGUUUUCAACGUGCCGUCGUUCUCUCACCGAGCGAGUCGUACAGCCGGACAAUUUUAUCCAAUUUCUUGCAAUCAAGCCACCGCAUGACGGUGUGCGGUCCCAUCUCUGCGUUGUCCGGCUGCAACAGGGUCUGGGCGCUCUCAAGGGUGUUCCGACGGUCGAGGUUGCGGUACUGGAGUGCUGUGCCUCGGGGGAGGCAAGCGACGGGCCAGUACCUUUCGAUCUCCUCGAUUUCGACUUCUUCGAUUCGGAAGUGCUAGUGCUCGUGUACAGGCCGAAGGAUCAACAAACAGCCCGUAUCGCGACGGUCGGCUACGCCGAUUUAAUGUACCACGCGAUCCCGUCCCACGACUACGUAACCGGCACGCCUCGAAAGGCGCUGAUGGAGGACGUGCUGAGGCGGCUGGCGAACGGACAGGUUCCCUCGGCUCCCGCACCGAUCAUUCAGUCGCGAACGCUGGACGGGUGCAGGGCGGGGGGCGUGACGCUCGCGGUGAACGGCCGCAGUGGGCGGCGAGUGUCGUGCGUUCUGGACGAGGCGGGGCUGAGCUUGGAGGUGCUGGAUAUGGAAGGGGACGAGGAAGAGCUGGAGCUGGAGGAAGCGGAAGAAGACGAGGGAUCAGGCUGAUUGUCGAUAACCGCGCGCCGGACGUGGGCUCGGGUGAGGGUCGUCGCUGGCAUGCUGCAGUCGUGCGUGGCCGGGGGCAUGCUAGUAUGUAGCUGGCAAAACUGGGUUGUAUAUUGAGAGAACGGAAUUGAUUUGGUGGGUCG